AGCCCCACGCCCCCCGCCGCCGCCACGGCCAAUGAGGGAGAAGCACGAUUUUUGCUCAUGCGUGGUGCCGCCAGAGGGUGCGUCCAAUAAUGACUGGGGGAUCCCUGCGAGUAACAUGACCAAAAAGAAGCGGGAGAAUCUGGGCGUCGCUCUAGAGAUCGAUGGGCUGGAGGAGAAGCUGUCACAGUGUCGGAAAGACCUGGAAGCUGUAAACUCCAGGCUCUGUGGGACGGACCUGAGCCCAGAGGCCAGGAAGUCUCUGGAGAAGGAGAAAAACAGCCUGAUGAACAAAGCCUCUAACUAUGGAGUUAAAGUUGCUUCGGCAGGAGAACCGGAAGAACAUGCUGCUCUCUGUAGCCAUCUUUAUUCUCCUGACCCUCAUCUACACCUACUGGACCAUGUGAGCCUGAGACUUCUCCACAGUCAGCACGGGGUUCCUCCUUGGUCCCCUGGUCACAACCAAGCAGGCCCUUCAAGCCUCAGGACAAUCAAGGUACAGGCGUAUUUCUCCCCGACCCCGACACUGGAUCAGGGCUGCCAGACCAGCCCCUCUUCACUCCUGGUCCUGCUGUGCGGCCUGGGUCUCCAGAAGGACUUUGUGCUGAUUCCCCUCUCAGCCCAAGGGAGAGGCAAUAAAGAACAGCCAGGCUGCUUCUGUCUGCUGAGUAAAUGUCAUGGUCUGACUGCAGCUGGAGGGCAGUGGGGGUGGCACUCGGGAAUCAAGGAAGAAAAGAUGUUCAAGGGGAAGUGUUCAGCUUAGAACUCAGAAAGGAGGGGGAAGGCAGGGUUGCGAAGGUGAGUCCCCAGCUUAAGUGGGGAAUAAGGAGACAGGAGGAAGCAUGUAAAAGCCAAAACUAUUCUGGGAGCCAUUUCCAGGGCUUAGGCCUUGCACUACCAGUCCACCGUGCCCACCAAACACACUUUCUUGCCCUCCAGUCAGGGUCACUGCCUGUAAUUAUGGCAUGAAAAAAAAAAAAACACACGCCAUGCAGCAAAGGGUGACCAGGGAAGUGGUCAUGUGGAGGUACCACAGGACCACAGAGUUAACCCAUCUUCAAGAGGCAAGCAGGGCUGGUAAGGCCUGGCAGAGUAGGCAGCAAGAGCCAUGGUAAUGACCAGACUUACAGUGACAGUGGGCAGCAAAUCAGGCAGGGUUGGCUGGAGUGGGGGCAGGAGCAACAAACACGGCCACCCCCCAACUCUGCUCCCAGCACCAGGGCCAGGAGGGGCAGGAGUGGGAGGCUGAGCAAAGCCGAGCAUAGUAGGGCAACCAGAAGGAUCAGGGGCUUGGCCUGGAGACUACACCAGUUAGGAAAGUGGAGUUGCCCUAAGAAAGGAGUUGCCCUAGGAGCUCAGGAUGUGAGACAUCAUAGGACCCUCCGGGGCCAGGCUGAAGGAAGGAGCCAAAGUACAGCAGGCUGGAGGAGGCCAGCACCAGAGCUGUGGAGCUGGUGGAGCAGCUCUAGCCCUGGGCCGAGAGGGAGGCACCAUCGGCACCUGCACACCUCACCCCAAGCACAGCCCCCCCACCGGUGCAGGCACAGAAAGGAGGGGAGGCUGGCCAGGGGUCAGUGCAACCGUCUCUCCCUCCCUCUCUCCCUCCGGUCUAGUGACACUAAUUGGUCUGACACCUCUGUUAUUUUAGUCACACAGACUGAUCCUGGAUUGUCACAGUGCUACCAUGGAGUGAGCCGUGUGAUUUAUGUAAGGGGGAAGGUGCCUCCCUGCCCUGCUGGGCAGUAGGUUCUUUCAUUCUCCAGUCCCUGCUUCCAACAGGAGCUGCAUAAUUUCCGGACUCUUCCUAGGUGGGGCCCCUCUCUAGCAGCAGGGCCCACGAGGCCCAGGAGCUUGUAGAGGCUCUGAUUAAACAAACCUGCUUUUCUCCCCUCUUCUUAAGUAGAGCUUCCUCCCCUUCUCCAGCCCAAACUGUUUCAUUCAAGCCAAUCCCAGACCACACAGCACCAAGGACAAACAGCACUAUCCCCAGCACAGAGCCACACAGGCAUUAAAAAUAUGUUUAUCUUUAAUGAUCCAAGAUUCUGCAAGACACACUGAUAUACCCAGAACGGGGUGGAAACACACCUUUCUCAGCCGUGCUGCCACCAACCUGGGGGGAGGGAGGGGCUAGAUGCUGGCUAGGCAACACCGCCCCCCCCCCCCACCCCCAGGUAGAGUCAUUUCCAACCUCACAGGGAGUCUCUGUGGCCUAUCACCAUGGAAACCAGCCUAGCACUGGGAUGGGGCUCUAGGGAGCCCAUAAGAGCAUCUCUGAGAGGUAUUUCCCAUUAAAAACAACCACAAGUGCCCUCCCCCACCCAAAGCUACUGCCCAGCUUCCCUUCUUCCCCCUCUGCCAAGACAGAGGAAAUGGAGUGACCACAAAAGGACAAACAAAAGUGACUGUACUUCCUACUGGGGAAGAAAAAGGGGGUGAGUAGCAAGGUGGCUGUGGCAAAUGGGGGGGGGGGUGCCAUGAUUGCCAGAAGGCUGGGUGUGACCCAACCCGAGGUACCUCUGUUGCCAGGGGGCCACUGCUGCUGGGGCAUAGAAAAAGGUCUUUAAAGGCUGCUUCCUCUUCUAAAGCUGCCCAAGGUUCAGAACAAAAGGGAAUGGGGCCCAGGAAGGCUCUACAACCCCAGGAGGCAGUCAUGCCCGCUAUCGAGACAGCACUGUGUCCCAAUGCAGUGGCAGGGAAGUAUGGCCCACGUGCCUCCCUUCCCGGCCUGCGGGACUGUCAGAGGUCCGGCUGGGACGAACUCCAGGGAAGACCAGGACAGAGGUCAGGGAGGAGAUAAAAUCAUCUCCAACUUGGCAUCAAAACAGAGCAAGUUCAAAGAAACAAAACCUUGAUUUGUACAGCAGCUGCCCCUGGCCUACACCCACUCAGGGUCGGCCCAAUAAAAAGCUGGGCAGAGCACGGGCAUGGCCACCCUCAGGGCAGUGCACGGAACUCAGAAAAGUGAGUCUACAGGAUACAAGAGAGAAUGGCAGAAACAAAGCCCUGCUGUUCUCUGACACGUCCUCCACUGGCCACACAUGCCCUCGGCCCUGACCUCAAACCUGCCUGUAGGAGCAGCAUCCUUCAGGCUGAUUCCUGGCAGGGAAGACAAUUCCCAGGCAGGUCUCUGGGGAGGGAAGUCCAAAAGGUGUCCCAGAAGGAACGUCAGAGUCCUCAGAAGGUCCCCAACUGAGUUCUUCAGGGAGAAUGGAGAGGAAACCACCCACCCCUUAUGGUCAGGCUGCAGUGACUGUGCUCCCCAGUCCCUUUCCGAGAAGGGGUAAAAAACCAGUACUGUGAGCCCCAGGCAGAGUGCCCUGACUCAGAGAAUGACAGAUCAUUCAGCAGGGGUGGGCAUCCCCACACCCUCAGGCGCUGUGCAUCUGGAUGAAUGAGAGGACAUCUUCCUUGGACAGCUUGUCUGGGUCCUGGGGCUUCUGGGAGUCAUGAACACGGAUGCCAUCCCCCCACUCCCAGAAGAGCCUGCCAUAGUAGCAGAUGCUGGGGAGAAGGAAGAGAAAGGAGGUCAGAGGGCUGUACCCGGGUGGAGCAGGACCAAGAGACCACCACCCCAACCCUGGCAACCAUGACUUAGAGGACUGAUCCUUAAAGGGGUGGGUCAUUUAACUCCAGUUGAGGGUCUUCCCUCUAGCAGCCAACAGGUACUCAGUAGGCCCCAGCUCCUUUCCAACAAACAGAUGCUGAUGCUAAUUGUGUCCAACUAGAUUCCUAGAAUUACUGAUAUUCCUGGUUUAUCUGUCUGUGCCGUUCUAAUAAAACAGUGUAGCAACAGACACUGGUGUCAGUGGCUAAUUAUAGGUGCAUUAGAGCUACUGGCUGCUGUCAAAACCUAUGACUGUAACAGUCUGGCAAACGGACUCUGGGUGCUCAUGAGAGACACCUAAGACCCUUGAAUCCCAAGGGGCAGGGCUGCAGGCCCUUGGUAGGUUUGCACCACCAGGCCAGUGUCAGAAAGUCACAUAAGCAGUGGCUGCUCCAUGGGGCAGAUAGAUACCCUGCCUGGAUGAGGCUCUUCCCACCCAGGACCCCCAGCCAUCACAGCAGGUCUUGGUGUCACUUGCUUCUCACUGAGCUUCUAUCCAGAACUGGGGGCCACGCCCUAGAGGGGGCAUAGCCCCACCCUUGGGAGGAGCCCAGUCUAUGCGAGGGGAGCCCCUGCUUGGGCAGCCAUCUUUCUCAGGACCUGGGGUAUGCCCCAAGAGGGCUGGCCGGCAUCCUGGCAGGAACACCUGGGGUUGUGGAGUGGACAGGCACGGAGGAGGGCCACUUACUGAAAUGGGGCGAUGGAGUCUGCAGGGAGGUCAAAGGUAGAGAUCUUGGUUUUCUUAUUGUAGAAGAACUUCCUCUUGAAGCUUUUGCUGAAUCCCAUAGUCCAUGGCUCUGACAGAAGGAAGAGGGGAAAGCUCAGAAAAGGACACAAAAUAUUCAUGCGGGACAGGAACAGACCAACAUAGGGGUGUGCCUUUCUGCCCUUGUGUUUUUCCAUUGCCCUCUCUCCCAAAAAGCAGGCAGAGAACAGCCUGUGAGGAGGAUGCAGCCUUUAUCACCAGCCCAAAGGGGCUCAAGGAGGACAACUAAGAUAAUUACUUCUCAACAACCCCGCCCCAGUCCUGCCAACCUGCCACCAGGCAACAACUCUGGGACCCUGGCAGAGGGAAGGCUCUUUGGCCAGAAGGCACUGAAGAAAAGGGACUGUACAGAGGAUACAAACGGCCAAGCCUGACUUGCUGCCGCCCCCAGAGAAGGCCCUUUACCUGCAUGAGGACACUGUGUGUGCAAAACCAACUGGGCUCCUCUCUCUCAGCCCCAACCCGACCCCCAGGACCCACCAAGGAACAGAAGAGGCUCGGGAAACAGUCCCCAACCCCACACCUCAAAGAAACACCAGCCUGGCUGCCAUGCACCUUAGUAGGCAGCCUUUAGCUCCGGCUCAGACAGGGUCCGGGCUAGUCACCCUGGCUGCAGGAAAGAGGACAGGCAACAAUCACCCAUCACCUACCAUUCACCGUCCUGACGAUGUAGAGGCCAGUGGGCACAAAGUGCCGGUCAUCCCGCCCUGUGUAGCUGAGCUUCGGGGUGCCACUGGAGCCCUUGAUGAUCUUCAUUUCUAACCUAAUUUCUCCGAGGUGAGUAAACAGCAAGUGUGGUUUUGUGCAUGAGAGUGAGCCCUCACAUUAUUCUCCGGCUAAUAUUAAAAUCCCACCACCCACAGCAUUUUAUCUCAGUUCAACAUAAGAAAUGGAAACUGAGGCAGAGAUGUGAGUUGCUCCAGGCUACCCAUCGAGGGAGUCUGUGCAGAGCUGGAUGGAGGACUCAGGCUCUAAACUCUAAGCAAUGGAGUCAGGAAAGUGACAGAUGGCCCUGCUCUGUUGCUGCCGUUUGGGGGAUGGGUAGGAAGGGUGUUUCAAGGGUGACACAAGUAAGGUUAAGAUCUGAGACCAGAGGUGCCACUGGGUCUUCGAUCCCCCACCAAAGGCAUCACUGUGGCCACUAAAGAGUUAACACGAGACCACAGAGACCUGGCCCAGCUCCCAUGGCCGCAGCGGGCACAAACCCAGGAUGAGACCCCCAGAUGAGAGCACCCUGCACACCACUAAUGCAAGGAAGCAGUUACGCCCCCUGCCCCUCCAGGCUCAAUCUCUCUGUCAGCACCAGGAGCUGGGAUUUAUAGUGUUUCAAGCAGCUUGCUGCUCUGCCCCUCGCAGGGACAAUCGUAACUAUUACAGCAUCAAUGAGCCCGUAUUUCUGCCUGACACACACCGCCCUGCUCCCCUCCUGACGGUGCUGAAUCAGCUCUCAGCCGGGGGGCUCUUGGCUGCGGCAGGGGGGUUAAAGGCAGGCUUCCAGGGCCAACUCACCACCUCCCCCAUGACACACCUCUGCAAAAAGAGAACACUGCUGCACCCCCACCCCAACUCUCCUCUCAGAUCCUGCUCUAAGACUGAGUCACUCACCUGACAAAAAUCUUCUCCAUCUCCUCCAGCCUGUACACCUCCUUCACCCUGUGUGUAGAGGGACAGAGAGAGGACAAAGGUUUUCUGGGGUGUGGGGGGCAGAUAUUCUUACCCAGCAGCAGCUGGAGGCAGGAGGCUGUGCCUGUCCUUGUCUUCUGCUUCUGGCCCCAGUACCCCAACCCACCAGAAUGAGGACCCCCAGCCCCGUGUGCUGCUGUCCAACACAGAUGCCCUAGCUCAGAGCUACCAAACACCCCCUUGGGCCUGCCCCACGGCAACUGGGGAGCACAACUAUGGUUACUGAAGAAGGGGGAGAGAGGAAGAUCUGGCAGACACCCAAGUCAUCUUCACUGUCACCGGGGGCCCGAAUACCAAGGUCCAGGCUCUUGUGUAGGUCACCAUGGAUUUUAGGGCUUCCUGUAGCAGAGUUAUUUCCAAACAGUCCUAACGGGCCUUUUACCCUAGGGGGCAGGGGGACCUCUACCCAGGGUGCAGGGUUCCUUCACCUCUGGGGGCCUCUGAACACAUCUUUGGAACUGCUGGGUAAGGUCUCCAGGGACCCAGCAACUAGACAACAAGCAACACAGGGAGGGUCCCUGGAAGGUGUCUCUCAGGACCUGGCAGACAGGACAUUUUAUAAAAAGUGUAGACACCUCGGUCUCCAGUCAUAUAGUCUGGGUCUCCAAGCCCCAAAGGUAAUAACCUCUGACCUGGGCACAGCCUGGAAAGUCUGGUCUCCCUAUGUGGGCUCCCUGACUGUCCUCAUCCUCCUCUCCUACCUCAGGGCCUGGAACUUUCACACCAUCUAACGUGGCAACAAACACUCUCUUCUUACUGUUCAAAAACUCCCAUUCCCUUAGCACCCUUUUCUCACCUGAAAAAAAAGAAAAGGCCAGGUGGUAUGCUAAUAAUGAGUGUGAAUGUGCAAGGUGUGUCGGUGCCCCGAGAAGCAUAUGCAUCUUCAAUGACACCUUAACCCCUAGGAAUGCAUCUCCUGUGGAGGCUGGCCCACCAUGACAGGCGGGAUGGGGAGACACUCUGGGGCGAAGGACACACCUACCCAGCACCCCACCCCAAUUCACAUUCACCAAGGGUAGUCUUAUCUCUAACCACAACUUUGCCUGGUCCUCUCUCCUGAGCCCUCCCAUCCUCCACAGGAUGGGGAAGCAGGCACUGGCCAGAAAGAAGCAAUGGGGAAUGGGGGUUUGGGAGGGAGACCAUAUGCUCACCUGAUGGGAUUCAUGUCAGGCCGACUGGGCUUGGAAACAGCUUUCACAAAUUUCUCAGCAAGCUGAAUUCUAGAGCACAAACAGAGUCUCUCAGAGGUGAGCCAAGGCGCCUCCACUAGCACCCCUGCCCCCAGGGCAUCUGCGUGGCACCAGAGACGGAACACUUCUGAAUGUGGAGCAAAGCCGCUCCAAGAGGCAGCACUCCUAUGCCUGAGGAAGCCCACCCUGCCCUUCUCCACUAACAUCUUUGUGGACGCCCUCCCUCUGUAGAUUUGGACAUCCAGUUUUGCUACAUGUUGGUAGGCUUUUCUGAAGUGUGCUUUGAGUUGUGCUCAGUCCCCUCCACUAGAACUUAAAAUGUCAUCUGUAUCGUGUAUGUCGACUCACCCCAAACCACUGAUGCCACAGCACACCCACUCAGAAGAACCAACUUCGGCAUAUCAGUAUCACGGCAGUGUGAGAGGUCCUUCCUUUGUGUCCCCCACCCCCCUUCUAACAACUGAUCAGUCAUCCAUCCACAAGCAAAAGGGCCGCUGUGGGAUCCAGAUGAACAGACUUAAACGGGACCACCCAUGCUCAAGACGUGUUCUUCAGAGACCCUCCCUCUCUCCAUAAGCCUAUCCUCUUGCUCAACCUGAAUCAAAACCACUUCUGAUCUGAACAGCUGUGGCCAAACGGAGUGUGCUGGUAUCUGUGGCAAUGGAGGCCCAAGCCCCAGCAAACUCUGCAGUGCAGAUACUAAUUCCUCACCCAGGCCCUGGAACCAGCCCAUGGGUGGGGAAGGAAAACUAACGAUAGCCUUAGGCAAGAAGGCCUGGGUGAGGGACCAAGCCUCAGAGGCUGCUGCCGCACAGCUGACCUGGCCUACCCUGCCCUCCCUCCCCAGGACCCAGGUCAAACCGCUGGUUAAAGUGCUGCUCCCGCACGUCACUGCCAUUCAGCACGAGGACAUCGAGGAUGUGGAUGGCACUAAUCUUCCGCUGGGCCUUCCCCUAGAAGAAGAAGUGCGCUGCCCACCCUACCAAGCAUCGGCCUGGGGCCCACUGCCCACCAUGGCAUGCUGGCCUCCGUUCUACCUAUAUAUCACCGGGGGAAGAGAAGGACUCCAAACACAGAACUUUCUUGUGCCUCCCGCCCAGAUCAUUCUCAGCACCACACCAGCCCAGACUUCCGAGCAGCCAGAGAUCUGAGGCUUUAGGUGAUGAGCACCCCUGAACCUCAAACUCAGUGAGGCUGCCGCCAUGGUGCUCCAUGCAGGGCCUAGCUUCCCAAUCUUGUCCACUGUUCCCAUUGACUGUUCUGAAAGUCAUCUGUAUGGCUGUCAUGGCCAAAGCUCAAGGGAUCCCUGGUAAAAACAAAA